UUAUAGACCAGAUACACUAUUCUUGACAUCAUUUACAUCUACAAACUACACGAUUCGGGAAAAUAUAACUACCUUUAUUUAGCUACCCUCAACACAACAAAAUGCCUUGCAGAGUCGGCGAUAUGGAUUCUAUUUCAGCGCGGUUUCAGCCCAGCGUGAGAAUUGGCAAUUGGGUGGAAGAAAAUUGCCUUGAAGAGGACAAAAUAGUCAACUUUAAGAAACAACGCGAUCGCGGCGAACUUUUAGUGGAAAAGGCUCGCACGUUGUAUGAUAAUUUCCACAAGGAGAUCGUUUUGGCUGCUCCUAAGCAAACCAUUAUAUUCGGAGCCAUUGUGCAACUGAUGCCUAUUCAUAUAAACAUCAGUGACAUGGAUACUACCGAUCUGAAUGCCGCUUUGUCGGUGGUCAUCAACGAAAAGGUCGUGCGCAAAAGUCAGUCCAUCAAUGAAGACUGUGAGUUAUCUGUGGCGCCUUCGAAGCGGCCUUGUGUGCGAAACUCCUUCAAAAUAGUGAGUGGAGAUGGCAGGGAUCGCACUGGGGAGAACAUCAAGUAUGGGCAGCGAUUCCAGCUGCAGUGCAUGGCUUCGGAACACGAUCCCAUAGUGCUGUACAGUGGCCCCAAGCGGUGCAAUCUGCAGCAGGGUGUCCAUGCCACCUAUUUGUCCCACAAGAACGGGGAGCUCAAUCUCAACUUGGGACUUGUGCAUCGCAGUAAAUUGACCUGUCCGGACAACGAUAUACCCUUGGCAUACACAAACUGGUUCUGCCGACAUGUAGAUCCAAAGCAGCGCUUUGAAAGCGAAGGAGAAGAUAUACCUAGCAAUUCCCCUUUGGUUAUCGUACAUGCAACCACCAAUCGCAACCUAGCUGCCGAAAAUGUUUUAAUCCAAACCCUGUUUGGCCCCGAGUUUCUGGUGUCCGUGCAAAACUAUCGCAAUAUCUACAGGCACGAGAUAUGGAAGAACGUGUGGAUGAUUAGCAACGGCCACCAGACUGGAUCAAAGUCUGCAAAUUCUACGUCUCACUAAUUGAGCUUUGAGGCUUAAUAGACCGCCGCAAUUAUGUGUUAUGUGAACUUGAUUUUUAUGUGGCGGAAAUUUAAAUUUUGCACAUAAACUCUGUCGAGCCGAGCCCCUACUGUUUGGCCUACAUAGAAAUUGGCACUUGGCAGCUAGAUUGGAGAAAAAAAAGUGGGACGGCACUUAAGAUUAUUGGUUAAUGAGCAUUGAGGUUCUGCAAACAACUUAAUAUGUAUUCAAAUCCUAGAAGUGUUAUGAAAUAAAUUUUAGAAAUGCGA